GUCCUCUGAACACAGCAUUUUUGUUGAUCCCGUAAAGCAUUGCGGCUGUGAUCAUAGAAGCUCAGAAGUCAGAGUAGCAUUAACCGGCAAAGCACAGUUGAACUAAUAACAUAAAAUAAGCUGAAGAGAUAUUGAUGAGGAUUCCAUAACACAGCGAGUAUGUGUCAUCGAAUUGAUGAUGUAAUGAAGCUCUGCUGUGAGUUAUCUGCCAAUCAGCAAGUCCAGACCACAGUGAAAGGCUCAGGGAAGGGAGCAGCAGCAGCUGGAGGACUGGCCUUUGCUGGAGGGUUGGUUGGGGGUCCUCUCGGUAUUGCAGUGGGCGGUGCCGUCGGAGGCCUCCUGGGCUGCUGGAUGACCAGUGGACAAUUCAAACCGCUGCCUCAGAUCAUAAUGGAGCUCAGUCCUCAGCAGCAGCAGAAGCUUUAUGAUGACCUCAUGGUUGUCUUAGGAGACAUUCAGUGGACAGAUGUGGUCCAGCUAACCACUCUGGUGAUGGGCAACGCCACCCUGAAGCAGCAGGUGAUUGCAGCUCUUCUCGGGUAUGUCAACAAGGAACUCCAGGCUCAGGUGCACUAUGUGGAUUAGUGUCUGUGGAAACACUGGAAAACCUGACGUGGAGGCCUGAGUGCUUUGGAGGAUGGAGUUUUUGAAAAUAAUGUGAACUGUUUUUUUAUGAAGCUUGAGAGACUCUUUAUUAAAUGUAAAUCAAAUCAAUGAAAUCACAGACACCCUCACAGUCCUGGUAACAGGUAACACUGUUUAAAAAGCAGGUUAGCACAGUAUUGUCAAUUAGUUCAAGGAAUAUUUAUUUAUUGAGCCUUUAAUGGUGCUGAUGAUCAUGUCUGGCUUUAAAAGUUCUCAGAAUUAUAAUGUGACUUCGUUUGCCUAUUUGCAGCUGCAGUGAAGUACUACUCUUAAAAGGUACUGCCUACUGUACAGUGUGAAAUAUUUUGAUGUGAUUUUACCAGCACUUGUGUACAGUGUAUUGUAUUUCCAUCACUUAGUCAGUUCAAACUAUUACAUGCUUUAGAAGUGCUUUCAUCAAUAAAAAAAUUAAAAUAUGGAUUUCUGAACUGCA